AUCCAGGCAGGAUAAAGGCCCCUGGGUGCAGAGGGCUCCCCUAUCCUGCUCUCUGCAUCCUUCUGUCCUCAUUCCUUUGUGCUUACAGCUCCCAUGGCCCCCAAGAAGCCAGAGCCCAAGAAGGAGGAUGCCAAGGCAGGCUCCAAGGCAGCUCCAGCUCCAGCCCCUGCCCCUGCCCCUGCCCCUGCCCCUGAGCGCCCCAAGGAGGUGGAGUUUGAUGCCUCCAAGAUUAAGAUCGAGUUCACACCGGAGCAGAUUGAAGAGUUCAAGGAAGCCUUCAUGCUGUUUGACCGCACACCCAAGGGUGAGAUGAAGAUCACGUAUGGGCAGUGUGGGGACGUCCUGCGGGCCCUGGGCCAGAACCCCACGCAGGCUGAGGUGCUCCGUGUCCUGGGGAAGCCAAAACAGGAAGAGCUUAACUCUAAGAUGAUGGACUUUGAAACGUUCUUGCCCAUGCUUCAGCACAUCUCCAAGAAUAAGGACACGGGCACCUACGAGGACUUUGUGGAGGGGCUGCGGGUCUUUGACAAGGAGGGCAAUGGCACCGUCAUGGGUGCUGAGCUCCGUCAUGUGCUGGCUACUCUGGGCGAGAGACUGACAGAGGACGAGGUGGAGAAGUUGAUGGCGGGACAAGAGGACUCCAAUGGCUGUAUCAACUAUGAAGCAUUUGUGAAGCACAUCAUGGCAAGCUGAGCCCUCACAGCUGCCUUUGCUUCAGGGAGCCCGGGGAGGACAAGCUGGGGACAUCUCAUCUCCUGUCUAUGAUGCUGACACCGGUGGCCUGGAGCUGCAGAAAGGAGGGUUGUGGACCAGAUUUCUGCACACGUCCUCAGACCUCUCUACGUGGCGUGGCUGUCAUCUCUGGUCCCCGUUGGGUUGUGUUUGCCUGUCACUGGUUUUCUGUCUCAUCCCAUGGGCCUCAUAAAUAAAUGGCUUCUUCCUUUCUUUCUUCCCUCCCUUCC